AUGCUUGCUGAGGAACAUGACAGUGAGGCUUUGGGGAAGGAAACUUCUGGUGCUCAAAAUUCAAUGAUUAGUUCAUUUGUGGAUGGAAAGCACAUGGAGCAGAACACUUCAACACUUCCCACAGAAGUGAAGACUUCACUGACUGUACUGGUGAAUACAAAGGCUGUGCUCUCCUGCCCUCCUGUCCCACUGACACCUGAGUUUAUAGCAACGUGGAAAAUAAUCUUCAGAGACAACACUUCUUGCAUCAGAGCCUACAGGAGAGAUAAAAAUGAGACUAAGGAAACCAACUGUACUGAUGAGGCAAUAACCUGGGCCUCCAGACCUGACCAGAGUCCUGCCCUUCAGAUUGAUCCAGUGGCCAUCACUCAUGAUGGGUCUUACAUGUGUGAAAUAGUAACAGCUAAUGGGAAUUUCCAUCAUGCCUAUCAUGUCCAAGUGCUAGUGUCCCCUGAGGUGACCGUGUUUCUAACUGAGAAUAGAACUGUGGUGUGCAAGGCACUAGCAGGAAAGCCAGCUGCACAGAUCUCUUGGACCCCAGAGGGGGACUGUGUCACUGAGCAAGAAAAUCAGGGCAAUGGUACAGUGUCUGUGCGGAGUACGUGCCACUUCAAGGAUGGUAACAUGUCUACUGUGACCUGCUCUGUCUCCCACUUGACUAGAAAUGAGAGUCUGAGCAUACAAUUACAUCCAGUUCUUUCUAAGGAUGAAAUGCAGCCCUAUGCCAGCUAUACAGAGAAGAACAAUCCACUCUAUGAUACUACAAACAACGAGAAGACAUCUCGGGUGUUACAAAGUGAGAUUGCUGGGAUGGAUCUCCAGAUCUUAUAA